AAACCUACUUAAAGGAUAUGAAAUCGAAACAAAUGAUGCUAUAUUCAAAGAGCUCAUUGGAAAGUUCCAAACAAUUUUAUUCUAUAAUGAUUCUCUUGAUUCCAAUCCUGUCUUCAAGUCCCAGUCUGAAAUGUUUCCUCAAGGCAUGGCUGUAACUGCGUACACUAAUCUUGAUAAGAAACUUGAGCAUUUACAGUUUCUCACCAACUAUUUAAAAUCCAAAUCAGCUAACGACGAUUUAUGAUUUUUGUGUUCGGUGUGAGGAAUCCACAAAUAUAGUUUACUUUUUUCCCCUUAUUUUGAUACUACAAGAACAAGAGUCAUGAAACCCCAACCAGAAAUGGCUGUUUCUUCCACUGAGAUGUUUCAAGUUAACCCGACCAUGGUGAAUGAAGAAUUUGCAGCCAUUGAUAGGCGGUUUUCGUUCAAAAACGUUUUGUUGCAACCGUUUGCAACAAGACAAAAAUCAACCACAAGCUCUUUGAGAAAAUACAAGAAUACAUUGCGGAAUCUUACCAGCGUCCUGUUCCAUAAUCCUUUAGCAUUCACGCCUUUCUACAGAAAGACACAAGCUUCAGACGACAUGAUAGACCAGGCCUUGGAACAGUUUUUUGGCCAUUCUCCUCCCCAUAGGUUCCCGUUGCCCUUGAGAAUCAGAGCCGAGGUUGAGCCAUUUCCAACCCUAUCCACAGAGAUAAACUUAUUCCCUGCCGUCAGUGACACUUUUGUGUCACUGUUGCCAGUCGGUUCAUCUCAAUAUUCUGCACGGCGUAUCAUGCGUGAAAACCGAUCCCAUCAGACUAUGUCCCCAACCCCACCCCACAAGCUGGGUCACUGGUUCAGGUGCACUUCCCCUUAUCCGCUAAAUUCUCUUAAUAUUGAUAUCCCGAUAGUUCCUGAGGGUAUGGCAGAUAAGAAUGCUUAUAUAACAGAAGAAUACCAAAAAUCAAAUGAUCUUGCUGACGGCCAACGGGAUAUAAAACGAUCUUCUAGUCACCAUGAUGACCCACCAACACUUGUAAUGGGGAGUCUGAAUAUCAAUCUAUACCAAAGUGAAUUCGAUAAAAGAGUUAGUGAAGGGGUGAUAAAGACGAGGAAGACUUACACAGACCUUGACGAGUCACUGAUCUAUAAUGGUGAUGGAAUAGUGUACAUUGAAUAUAACCCGACUAGUUUAGAAAAUGGCAGUACCCAUAUGAAGAGACUUCGGAGCAUCUUCAGGCAUUAGCCAAAGGGAUUAAACCUGGAAACAAAAGACCCAGCUGCUUUUGAAAAGAUACUGGUGGCAACAUUGUUGGCGUUGCCGAAUUUGUCACAUCUGGUGAAGGCCACGGCAUUCGUUAAUGAUAAUGUUAUAGUAAUGAUGAUCAAGAUUAAAUAUAAGAAUUCAAGCUUUAAGAUCGCUAAUACUCCCAAUAAUAGCCAUCCAACCGGUUGCCCGUACAACAAGAACCAGAAAACUUUGGAAUCGAUAGGAUUAAUAUAUCUAUUGGGGUCGGCUGUCUCAAACACCCAUACGUUUUCAAAUUCUCCAGAAGUUGGGGACGUUUGGCUCACUUCGUUCCACCAUCUUAAACCUACCAAUAGCCUCCCCGAAAUGUUCUUUAAGUUCCAGAAAUCGGCUGUCACAAGCAAUAUCAAUACAAUGAAAUGCAAAAUGAACCGGUUCUUUUUGGUGAUGAACCCAAUGAAAAAAUUCCCAAAUAUAUAGACAAACAUUGGAGCUAUUCUGAAGAACAAAAAUGCUAACAAGGCUACCGGGUGAGAUGAUUCCUUGAGUUUCUGAGCCCACGUCCAUUCACUGGUAUUAGAUGGAGCGGUUCCCAUAUUUCCAGUGGCAGUAUCUGUGUAUGCGGGUCCUCUGUUAUUCGACACAUCCAGCUCAAUUGGCGUGUAUUCAGACAUGCUGACUUAUGUGUGUUUAGUGAGAAACGUAUCGAAUAAGCGUUUUGAGAUUUCGC